GCCUGCAACCAACAUGGCCGCUGUCCUGUGGUCCGUUCGGCAUCGAUGGUCGAUUUUGACGGCAUUUUUGUAGACUAAACACGGCGAAAACACGUUGAUGGUGCCCUAAACACGAAUGCAGCGACCCUAGCCAUGUCGCUGGCAGCUGUAGCCUGGGUCGGGCUGGCCGUAGUUUUGUUCUGGUCAACAUUUGGCUUCUGGGCUUGUCUCCUCCUUCCCCUCUGCAUUUUCAUAACUCUCUUAGGCGUAAUAUUUAUGGGCUACUUGAUGGAGUACCAGGAGCAGCUAAAACCUCCAUCCGAGCCUCCUACAUCACACAUUCCAGAAGUUCAUUCUUUUAAGGGAUUACCACAGAUCACAGCAACAAUUCUAAAACCUCCCAAGAAGCCACGCUACGCUCGUUACUUGACUGGCCACCCCGCUAUAGACGACCCCCUGUCUGAGGUGUUGAACUAUGUCCUGCGUGAUUACGUCUACACCUGGUACCUUGGCCUUUCGACCGACGAAGCCUUCACUGAUCACAUUAGAGAUCUAGUUCAUCAAGUCAUAAUUAACUUUUCAUCAAGGGCCAAUGGAGUGGACUGGGUUCAGUACCUCACCAUUCAACUAGUCGACGACUUUGCAUCUCAUUUGCGGUUGUUUCGUCAAGCCCAGACAAAGUUGAAGUUAAAAAAGAACAAUGCUGCAGAUGGCAAUGCCAAGGCCCCUGACCUUCUGAGUUUGUUCUUCAAUCUGGAGACUACCAUGGAGCAAAAGUUACUGUGUCGUGAUCUAGUCUGCAUCUCAAAGGAGCGAGAAAUGGAGUACCUCCAGCAUCUGGGGGAAGUGCUGCUGUACCUUUUGCUACCGCCCGACGAUUUUCACAACAAAGUUAUGAGAGUCUUCCUGAGGGAGCUCCUUGUGAACACCGUGCUUCUCCCUGUGAUAAACCUUGUCUCCGACCCUGACUACAUUAACCAGACAAUAGUUUGGAUGUGCCGCAACAACAUGCCCACAAGCGACGACUUUCUCACAGUCCUGAGGUGUACAGAUAACUUGAACGAGCUCGAGGCCGUUCAGGAGAUUGUGGCGCAAGAAAUUGCUGUGCAGCGGUCACGAGACUCUGGCGGCGAUGACGAUACUGUGAUCAAGAAGCAACUGAACAGUCUGCUCUACCUGAAGAAAGUGGUGGAGAACCGACUGCAACGGCUAAACGACGGAAGCCUGGAUACUGACUCCACCGGGCUGCCAUCUCAAUUUGACCUGAAGAAAUUGUCUGCACCUGGGGUGGAGCUUUUUCAGCUGCCUUUUGAUGUUGUACUUGCCAACAACAUUGCACUUUCUUACUUCAUUGACUUCAUGACGAGCAUUGGAGCCCAAAAGUACAUCUCUUUCUAUCUUCACGCCGAGGGGUACAAAGUGGCUGCUGAACAACUUCUGAGCGAGGCUCAUUCGACAGAAGACAGAACCACUAACCUUGAGUCCCUGAGAGAGGCAGCGGGCAACAUUUACGACAUGUACAUAUCAGAAAAGGCAUCAUCCAGAAUAAAUGUUGACGACGCUAUGGCAAAGAAGCUUCUGCGCAAACUAAGGGUCGAGACUCCAGACGAGUUCUGGUUCGAUGACAUUCAACAGCAGGUUGCACAGAUCAUGCAAGAGAAGCCGCACUUCCCUAGCUUCAUGAAAAGUCCUGCAUACAUCAAGUUGUUGGCUGACCUCGAUCUCCUGAAGGAUUUUGGUUCGAAGUCAGAUGAGGAAGACUCAUUCAGCGGAGCAAAGUCGGCUGGCAGUGGUGACGACUGCAGCAGUCUGUAUUCCUUGGACCAGGAAGAAGAGCCAAUCGAAUUCCUCAACAAGGACCUGCCCACAGUGCCUCCAGAACCAAUUGAGAAUGUCAAAGCAUCUGAGGCCUUUCUUACUGCAAAUAUCUACAACACAGGCAUAGUGAGAGAAGGGAGCACGUCUUUUGCCCUGUACGCCAUUUCUGUCUGUCGCCGCGAGCCCCUAACGCCCGAAGAACGGUGGUGCGUCUUCAGGAGGUACAGCGACUUUGACGACUUUCACAUCCUCAUCCUCGAAAAGUUUCCAAAGUUGUCCAAGCUGCCAUUCCCGGGCAAGAAGACAUUCAACAACCUGAGCCGCCAGUUCCUGGAGCAGAGGCGGUCCCAGCUGAACGAGUUCCUUCAGCGCAUCCUGCACGUCGACGUGCUCUCGGUCAACCGGGGCCUGCGCGAGAUGAUGCUGCACUUCCUCGAGCCCGGACUUUACGAGAAGGAGAAGAAGCAGUUCGCCAGGACGGUGGGCUCUCUAGUCAACCCGCUCAAGUCAUCCGUGCGCAGCAUGGGAAACAUGGUGAAGAACGCACCGGAAAACCUGUUCGACGGCCUCCGGGACGGCAUCAUCAAGGUGCUCCGAAGCCGGCCAAACGCGUCCCCCGUCGACGCAUUCCUCGAGGGCAGUGGCAAAGUGGGGGCUGGGAUCGACAUUGAGACUCAAGACAACAUCCCCCUGAGAAUCAUGCUCCUGCUGAUGGAUGAGGUGUUUGAUCUCAAGAGCAAAAACCAGUGGCUAAGGAGGCGCAUCGUGGUCAUUCUUAGACAGAUCAUCAAAGCCACUUUUGGAGACACCAUCAACAGAAAAAUAGUUGACUACGUCGAGUGGAUGGCGUCUUCCGAGAAGAUUGCAGAGUACAUUACAGCACUAAAGGACGCCCUGUGGCCCAAUGGCUAUCCGGCCGAGACGCAGCCCGAGAGAGACCUGAACACCAUGAUGCGAACGAGGGUGGCUGCCAAAACUAUCAUGUUGUGCAGUCUCACAGACGAACUAAAGCACAUCAUCGGAAGCGACACGACGCGGCGUGGCAUGCUCUGCGUCUUCGAGAUGUUUCAGCACGAAGAGCUGAACCGUAGGCUGACCUAUGUCCUUCUGGAGGGCUUCCUGGCGACCCUGUUUCCCAGCAACCGGUUCCACGAGCUGUUCCGCACGAUGCACGCCAAGUCGCCCACCAUAUCGACCGCUUCAGCGUCUUCCAACAAUUCCGGCAAGGAGCCGCCAAGCUUUUCCGGAAGGCGCCCGGAGGUGCGGUGAUCUACGUUCCAUGGUGGAUCGCGUGGCGUGGGACGUACACUGGAGAUGUUGUAAUUACGGCAUCGUGUGCCCUGUACCGUCUUGUGUGACCCAAGCCGACCCAGAAGGUACCGUGUGUAUGCCUGACAGUUAAAGGGUCCCUGAGGAGGUUUCUGAAAUUGCCUAAAUAUGGCGAUAACCCACUCUGGUGGCUCUAAGCACCUUAGGCACCCCUAAAUCAUGACGAUAUGCGACCAAUUUCCCUACUGAAAAAGCAGUCAAAGAUACCAACACAUCGAGGCCAUCUUGUGCAAUGGGGGGAGCAUGUUCUGAAACCAGGACCACUGUUGACCAAUAGCAAGCGAAGGAUCCGCGCGUCUUCGACCGGUGGAUCCGCAGAGUGAUAUCUCGAAUGCACGUGACUCGUGACCCGAACUCGGCGAGCUUUUUUUUGUUAGUCUUACUGUCGUAGCACACAAAGUCAAUCAUGUACCCUCAAAGCCAUUGCUUCAGCGCACCAUGGCUCUCACUGACCUGACGCCGAUGAACCAACCUAACGAGCGCAGGCUGAAGAGCCGACCAGCAGACGACCAGACACGUCACUCCUGCAGAAGUGCACCGUUUUUUAAACGAUUAUUGCACUAUCAUAUCCCCUCUCUGCAAAUACUAACAUUUGUCUCAUACUCUAACGGUAUUUGCUCUCAUCAUCUACAAAAGCGUACACAUUUUAUACUAACAGCUUUGGCAAUCUCCAUGAAAUGUUGUGUUUUCAUUGGUCACAUGUCAUCUUGGCUGCCGGACCGUGCUCCUCCCAUUGUUUGUGAUGACCUCGGUGUGUUGCAACCUUUAUUGUUUUUUUUAAUAGGGAAAUCAGCCGUGCAUGAUUGUGAUUUAGGAAUUUCUAGGAUGCUCAGAGCUCGCAGAUAGUGUAAUCGCCAUAUCUAGGUGAUAUCAGAAACCUCCUCUGGGCCACUUUAAGGCCAUCUGGGAAGGUUGUCUUGUGUGAUAUCUUUGAAGGCAAUGUUUGCCGCUCCUACGUCCUCUUGGUAAAUGGCUUGCUGUUAUUUUUAUCUUGAGGAUGGCAUUUAAGAUGCAGUUUAAAUAAAACACCUUUUCAAGUAGACAACGCUAAAGUUUAUACUCCGUGUGAGCAAAUCAGGAUUGAGGACAGACAAGCAGGGACCUGAUGUAGGUAAUUGUAAUUUGCCUUCCAAAUGUGACCGGAUUUUCCUUGAUGCGAGCCAUGUUGCCCACAAACAUGUGUGAGUAUAGAUUAAAAAAAAAUGAUAUUGGUUAAUUAUGUUGAGAUACCUGUGUGGUUCUAAUCUCAGCAAACUUUAACGUAUUGGUCUUUAGUUGUCACCUUGUCUUCUGGGCCUAGACUUGAGAAUGGUUAUAAUUCUAAGUGAGAUCUGUGAACACUUUGGUUGAGGAAAACGACCAGCAUCUUAGAAAUUCUCUCCCGACAGUACUUUUAUCUCUGGGCGGUAGCACCUUAGGUGUGUGGUCCACAAUGUGCUGCUAAUUCUGUUUGCACUCUCAAAAAGUGUGUCUGGCAGUUGUAAUGUCCAAACUCCAAGCCUCAUUGAAAUUUGGUAAAGAACAAACAAUCAUUACUCAAAAUUGUGGCUCCAUAUUAUGCUUGAAUGAAACUUGUUCAGAAGUCUUGUUCCAUCUCAGAAUGCCGUCGACAAAGUAACGGGUCUUUGUGUGAUUAUGUUGGGCUCUGGUGCAUUCAUCUGGCAAUGUGGGGGAUGAGGAUGGGGCUUGUCAGAGCCAGUACUGAAUCCCCACCUGUCACAUGCUGCACCCUUUGGUAAACACACACACACACAAAAAAAAAUGUUUGCCUAAGAAUAGCACGGGUUACAGACAUGUUUUAGUUCACCAGACGUAUUGACUAUGUGAGAGCUUUAACUAAGGUUGUUGCACGGUAUUAUUCAAGAUUUGCCUCAUGUGAUUAGGUUUCACAGUAGAUUUAUGUUUAUGAAGUAAACUCUAAUAUAGUAUUAAUACUUUUCAGAGUUUGAGGUAAAGUUUGAUU